AAGUCAUGCUUCGCAUCUCUUCCACCCUGGCUCGGGAAACCUCGGAAUCCAGCUCCUUCCUAAAGGUGGACCCGCGGAAGAAGCAAAUCACCUUGUAUGAUCCUCUGACUUGCGGAGGUCAAAAUGCCUUCCAGAAGAGAGGCAACCAGGUUCCUCCGAAGAUGUUCGCCUUUGAUGCGGUUUUUCCGCAGGAUGCCUCUCAGGCUGAAGUGUGUGCUGGAACCGUGGCAGAGGUGAUCCAGUCCGUGGUCAACGGGGCCGACGGCUGCGUGUUCUGUUUCGGCCACGCCAAGCUGGGCAAAUCCUACACCAUGAUUGGGAAGGACGACUCCAUGCAGAACCUCGGCAUCAUCCCCUGCGCCAUCUCUUGGCUCUUCAAGCUGAUAAACGAACGCAAAGAGAAGACCGGCGCCCGUUUCUCCGUCCGGAUCUCGGCCGUGGAGGUGUGGGGGAAGGAGGAGAACCUGCGGGACCUGCUGUCGGAGGUGGCCACGGGCAGCCUGCAGGACGGCCAGUCCCCGGGCGUGUACCUGUGCGAGGAUCCCAUCUGCGGCACCCAGCUGCAGAACCAGAGCGAGCUCCGCGCCCCCACGGCGGAGAAGGCCGCCUUUUUCCUGGACGCAGCCAUCGCCUCCCGCCGGAGCCACCAGCAGGACUGUGACGAGGACGCCCACCGCAGCUCGCACAUGUUCUUCACGCUGCACAUCUACCAGUACCGGAUGGAGAAGAGCGGGAAAGGGGGAAUGUCUGGAGGUCGCAGCCGCCUGCAUCUCAUUGAUCUCGGCAGCUGUGUGAAAGCUCUUAGCAAAAAUCGCGAAGGAGGCUCGGGGCUGUGCCUCUCCCUGUCUGCUCUGGGCAAUGUCAUCCUGGCGCUCGUCAACGGCAGCAAACACAUCCCGUACAAGGAGAGCAAACUCACCAUGCUGCUGCGCGAGUCCCUGGGGAACGUCAACUGUCGCACCACCAUGAUCGCGCACAUCGCGGCCGCGGCCGGGAGCUACGCGGAGACCCUGUCCACCAUCCAGAUUGCCUCAAGGGUCUUGAGGAUGAAGAAAAAGAAGACGAAGUACACGUCCAGCUCCUCCGGCGGGGAGAGCUCCUGCGAAGAGGGCAGAAUGCGCCGGCCCACCCAGCUGCGACCCUUCCACGCCAGGGCCGCCGUGGACCCCGACUUCGCGAUGGCCCACCUGUCCAGCGACCCCGACUACUCCUCGAGCAGCGAGCAGUCCUGCGACACCGUCAUCUACAUCGGGCCUAACGGCACGGCCCUCUCCGACAAGGAGCUCACUGACAACGAGGGCCCCCCGGACUUUGUCCCCAUCGUGCCAGCCCUGCAGAAGACCAGGGGCGACAGCCGGCCCCCGGAGGCAGGAGAGGCGGCCGCCAGCACAUCCGAAAGGGACUGCCUGAAGUGCAACACGUUCGCCGAGCUGCAGGAGAGACUCGACUGCAUUGACGGCAGCGAAGAGCCCAGUAAGUUCCCUUUCGAGGAACUGCCCGUCCAGUUUGGGGCAGAGGCGGGGAGCAAGUGCCCCCCCUUAAGCCACGCGGCUGGGGCAAGCGCCCUCUCUGAGUCUGACAAGGAAGAGAACGGGUCCGAAGGCCAGCUGAGCGACAGAGAAGGCACAGAGCCCCCGGCCUCCACGCUGCAGAGGAGUCACUCGCCUGUGCCUGCCGCCACGGCCCCCAGCCCCAGCCCCGCCUCGCCCAGGAGCGUCCCGGGCGGCAGCAGCCAGCAGAGCGCCACCCCGCUCGCGCACAGCCCCAGCCUGCAGAGCAGCCGGGAGAGCCUGAGCUCCUGCGGCUUCGCGGACGGCAAGCCCCGGCCCAUGGGCUCCCCGCGGCUGGGCAUCGCCAGCCUGUCCAAGACCUCGGAGUACAGACCGCCCAGCUCGCCCUCCCAGAGGUGCAAGGUCUACACGCAGAAGGGGGUCCUGCCGUCUCCUGCGCCCCUGGGCAGGGAUCCCAGCACGGCGUCCAGCGAGUCCUUGCUGCAGCCCGAGGUGCGCACCCCCCCGGUCGGAAUGAGCCCCCGGGUUUUGAAGAGAUCCGUGUCUGCCGGGAGCGAAGGGUUCCCAGAAAGCCCCGGCGACGCCGAGCGUCGGGCGGAAGGUCCCCCGGACUCCAAGGAGGAGAUCCUGAGCACCACCAUGGUGACGGUGCAGCAGCCGCUGGAGCUGAACGGCGAGGACGAGCUGGUGUUCACGCUGGUGGAGGAGCUGACCGUCAGCGGCGUCCUGGACGGCAGCCGGCCCACCAGCAUCAUCAGCUUCAACAGCGACUGCUCCGUGCAGGCUGUGGCCUCGGGCUCCCGGCCCGUCAGCAUCAUCAGCAGCAUCAGCGAGGACCUGGACUGCUACUCCGCCGUGGCCCCCGUGUCCGAGGUCAGCAUCACGCAGUUCUUGCCGCUCCCCAAGCUGAGCCUGGAGGAGAAGGCCCGGGAGGCGGGCAGCAGGCGUUCCUCCAUCAGCUCCUGGCUGAGCGAGAUGAGCGCGGGCAGCGACGGCGAGCAGUCAUGCCACAGCUUCAUCGCCCAGACGUGUUUUGGGCACGGGGAGGCCAUGGCAGAGCCUCCGGCCUCGGAGUUCGUCAGCAGCCUCCAGAACGCGGCCGUGGUGUGCAGAGAGAAGCCCAAGGCAGGCCCCGACAACCUGCUCAUCUUGUCCGAGAUGGGGAAGGACUCCUUCAGCAAAGCCGCCCCCAUCAAAGGCUGCAAAAUAUCCACGCUGGGCAAGGCCAUGGUCACGAUCUCCAACACGGCCAGUCUGAGCGGCUGCGAAGGCUACAUCCCCAUGAAGACCAACAUCACGGUGUACCCCUGCAUCGCCAUGAGCCCCCGGAACGUCCAAGAGCCGGAGGCGUCCACUGCCACCCCUCACGCUGCCCCUAAAGCAGCCCCGUCCCAGGAGGGUCUGGAAACCAGUGCAAAGAAAGAGAUGAAAUUUGAGGACCCCUGGCUAAAACGAGAAGAGGAGGUGAAAAAAGAGAAUUCUUCUCCCAGUGAAGAAGGGACCGGGUGUGGGACGGCCACAGGCCCCGCGGAGGCGGAGGCCAGACCGGAGCAGCAGCAGGACGGGAAGCCCGGCCCCGGCGACAGGCUCAGCAGCAGCAGCGGGGAAGUCUCGGCGUCGCCUGUGACCGACAGCUUCAGGAGGGUUGCGGACGGGUGUGAGAUGGCCAUGCCGGCUGUGGCCGCCCAGAGCCCCGUGUACCCCAGCAGAAGCGUGAAGUCGAGCAGCCUCCCGCGGGCGUCGCAGAGAGCCAGCAGGCAGGAGGAGCUGGACGGCCUCUCCUACCACUGCUCGGCCGAGACCAACGGCAUCGGCACAGGCUCGGGCGCCCAGCCCUCGAAGGCCACCUUGGAGAGGAAGGUGGCCUCCCCCAAGCACUGUGUCCUGGCCCGGCCCAAAGCCAUUCCGCCUCUGCCGCCCGUGCGGAAAUCCAGCUUGGAGCAGAAGAACCGGGCCAGCCCCCAGCACAGCGCCGGCAGCAGCGGCACCAGCAGCCCCUUGAACCAGCCGGCCGGCUUCCCCGACGAGCCCAGCGGCAAGGCGAAGGACGCCAGCAGCAAGCUCUUCAGUGCCAAGCUGGAGCAGCUGGCCAGCAGGACCAACUCCCUUGGCAGGACGAGCGUGGGCCACUACGAAUGCCUGUCGCUGGAGAGGGCCGAGAGCCUGUCCUCCGUGAGCGCGCGGCUGCUUGCCGGCAAGGACAGCACCAUGCCCCGCGCCGGGAGGAGCCCGGGCCGCAGCGCGGGGGCCUCGCCGCCCGUCGCGGGUCCCUGCCAGUCGGCCGGGACCUCGCCCAAGGCCACCCAGUCCAAGAUCUCGGCCGUGAGCAAGCUGCUCCUGGCCAGCCCCAAAGCGCGCAGCCUGUCCACGUCCACCACCAAGACCCUGAGCUUCUCCACCAAGUCCCUGCCGCAGUCGGUGGGCCAGAGCUCCAGCCUGCCCCCCGGCGGGAAGCACAUGUCCUGGUCCACACAGUCCCUGAGCAGGAGCCGGGGCUCGGGACUGGCUUCCAAGCUGCCGCUGCGGGCGGUCAACGGGCGCAUCUCGGAGCUGCUGCAGGGCAGCGCGGGCGCCCGGGGCUCGCAGCUGCGCGCCCGGCCCGACGCGGAGGAGCGCGGCGGGGCCCCCGCGGACGACAAGCCGGCGGCCGCGCACCUGCUGCCGUCGCCCUACAGCAAGAUCACGCCGCCGCGGAAGCCCCACCGCUGCAGCAGCGGCCACGGCAGCGACAACAGCAGCGUGCUGAGCGGGGAGCUCCCGCCGGCCAUGGGGAAGACGGCGCUGUUCUACCACAGCGGCGGCAGCAGCGGCUACGAGAGCAUGAUGCGCGACAGCGAGGCCACGGGCAGCGCGUCCUCCGCCCAGGACUCCAUGAGCGAGAACAGCAGCUCCGUGGGCGGCAGGUGCCGGAGCCUCAAAACCCCGAAGAAACGGUCCAAUUCAGGUUCCCAGAGACGGAGGCUCAUCCCAGCCCUGUCCCUGGACACCUCGUCCCCUGUGAGGAAACCCGCCAAUGGCACCGGCGUCCGCUGGGUGGACGGUCCCCUGCGGGGGGCCCAGCGGGGCCUCGGGGAGCCUUUCGAGAUCAAGGUCUACGAGAUCGACGACGUCGAGCGCCUGCAGCGGCGACGUGGGGGCUCCAGCAAGGAGGUCGUGUGCUUCAACGCGAAGCUGAAGAUGCUGGAGCAUCGCCAGCAGAGGAUCGCCGAGGUGCGGGCCAAGUACGAGUGGCUGAUGAAGGAGUUGGAGACGACCAAGCAGUACCUGAUGCUGGAUCCCAACAAGUGGCUCAGCGAAUUUGACUUGGAGCAGGUGCUAGAGCUGGACUCCCUGGAGUACCUGGAGGCGCUCGAGUGCGUGACUGAGCGCCUGGAGAGCCGCGUCAACUUCUGCAAGGCGCAUCUCAUGAUGAUCACCUGCUUUGAUGUCACCUCCAGGCGCCGGUAGAGAGCCGGGCCCCGGCCUCGCGGUCCCCUCGCUGCCCAGGACUUUGUGGAGACGUCGCACGCCCCCCCGGCCGUGUAUGCGGGUGGCACCGGAGACAAUGCAUGAGGAUGAAGGUCGGUGGCAGGUCUGGAGCGAGCGUGGCGUGGAAGGCGAUUUGUCUUUAUUUUCUGUAGGAAAAGGUGCAGGCGCCAAACACCGUGGAAGGAGAAAGGGACAGGAAGCCCGAGGGGUGGCGAAGCCCCGUGAGACUGAAAAAGCACUUUGAGAAACUUUAAAGACCUUGUUUGUACAUAGAACUGCUGGCAAAGGAGACCCCCACCCUGCUCUCGUGAGGAAGGGGGAGGGCGGCUGUAGGAUUGCUGUGGAAAGCGACACAAAACGACACAAAAAGGACCCCGAAUGACUGAUUAAGUGCCUUGCAAAUCUUUAUUCUUAGCCAAACCUUUAUGUCCCUACUUUCCCGUGUACAGAUGGUGCUAGUCCAAACGAAAACCACAAAACAAACAGACAAGAAAAUCACAUUUUUGAAAUAUAGUUACAGCUCGUUUUC